AUGGACACGAUAAAUUUUGAGGAUUUAAACAAUAAGAUAGAAUCCCUCGUACCAAUUUCACAGCUAUUGGAUAAAGACUUUGCUGCCUUUGACAAUGUAUGCGGAUCUUAUGCUUCAGUUGCUGAUGAUUAUUCACUUAUGGAUAUGAAAAAUGAUGACAAACCUAGAACACCUGAUUCUAACAAAAAUAGCCUAGACAUAGGUGAUCCCAUCGAUGACCAGAAUACUGAGAAUGGGUGGUCCGAUAGCAGUGAGGAUAUGCGUAAUUUCUUCCCAGCUACAAGAAAGGACUUUAUAGAGCUUGCAGGAGAAGUUAAAAGAGUGACUAGAUUGGAUUUUGAAGACUAUAACAGAAAACGACAUUUGGAAUCAUUUGCAAAAUCAAUGGAUUUAUGGAACAACUUUGACAAUAGGGACGCAUUUAAAAAUAAUCAAUUUACUUUCACACAACUCAAUUUUGAUAGAUAUACAGAUGUUUUUCUUAAUGUAGAUUCCAGCAAGUUGUCAACAUUGGAUAAAUUUAUAUCUGAGCUCUUUGAAAAUUAUGAAAAUGAUAUGGAAAAUGGUGAUCUAGAUCUUCUUAUGUCAAAGCUACGAAGGAAAUACCACAUUUCUCCUUCUAAACGUGACAUAUUUGAACGUUUGGAGUUAUUACAAAAUAUAUCCACAGCUUUAAACAUCAUAAAUGAGGAUGAUGUACCAAUUUUGGAUAAAAUAGACGAAACAGAUUCAUUUGGAAAUAAAACUUUGAUGGGUUCAGAGAAUUCCACCUAUCCAUCACACAUAAUAAAGGUAGAUAGUAAAAUGAAACACUUAUUGAGGAAUAAAGCAACACGUUCUAAUUCUGGAGUUGUAGUAAUAACAGUAUUAACAAGUCCGGGUUCGUUUAGUUGUUCAGAAGAUUGCCACUACUGUCCAAACGAACCUGGACAACCUCGUAGUUACUUAUCAACAGAGCCUGCGGUUUUACGUGCGAACCAAAAUUCCUUUGACGCAGUAAAGCAAUUUUAUGAUAGAGCUAAUACCUUAUAUAAGAAUGGACAUGUGAUAGAUAAGAUAGAAAUUAUUGUCUUGGGCGGUACAUGGAGUGGUUAUCCACGAAAAUAUCAGUUUGACUUCAUAAGGGAUAUAUUUUAUGCAGCCAACAUUUAUCCAAAACCAAUUGAAUCUGCUAGGAAACGUGGAACGUUAGAAUGUGAACAGAAAUUGAAUGAGACAGCAACGUGCCGAAUUAUAGGUCUUACAUUGGAAACACGUCCUGAUCGCAUAACUCCACAUGAAAUAGAGACGCUUCGUAUUCUGGGAUGUACUAGAGUGCAACUAGGUAUCCAACAUACUAAUGAUAGUGUAUUGGAGUAUGUUAAUAGAGGUCAUACUAUCCAUGACUCUAUUAAUGCAAUAUACUUAUUAAAAGAAAAUUGCUUUAAGGUUGAUAUACAUAUCAUGCCUGAUUUACCAUCUAGUAACGUUCAAAUGGAUUUUGAAAUGUUUGAUCUUAUUUUAAGUAGUGAUUUAUUACAAGCUGAUCAAUGGAAGAUUUAUCCCUGUGAAGUUACCCCUUUUACAGAAAUUGAAAGAUGGCAUAAAGAGGGUAAAUAUAUACCAUAUUUUGAUAUAGAUCACACUUUGUUAUUGAAUUUGCUUAUGUCAGUAAAAAGAGCUGUACAUCCUUGGAUACGCCUUAACCGCGUUAUACGUGAUAUACCGAAUCCUUCAAUUAUAGCUGGAACCAACAUCACGAACAUGAGACAGCUGAUUUUAAAGGAAAUGAAAACACGGAAUGUUUUUUGUCAUUGCAUUCGUUGUAGGGAAGUUAAGGGAUCAGCUAUUACUGACAACAUAAAGUUGGUUGUUAGGCAAUAUCGUACCAAGGGUGGAACCGAGUAUUUUCUAAGCUAUGAAAGCCAUGAUGAAAUGCUCAUAUAUGGAUUCUUACGUUUACGUCUAAGAGAUGAAAGUGAUUUUAAUCCAAAGGUAACCGCUUUCAAGUGUCUCGAAAAUUGUGCCCUCGUCAGAGAACUCCACGUCUAUGGUAUCGUAGUAGUUCAUGGAAAAACUAGCGAAGAAAAGACGCCAUCUCAGCACAGAGGCAUCGGUGCUUCUCUCUUGUUAACUGCCGAAAUAAUUGCAAUGUUCAAAGGAUUUAACAAGAUGGCUGUAAUAGCUGGAAUAGGCACCAGGGAGUAUUAUGCAAAACAUGGUUACAUAUUGGAAGACACUUACAUGAUAAAAUACUUGACACCAAACAUAGUUUCAGAGGCAUAUAACAAAAAUAUAGACUCGGAUAAACCAGUAAAAGUCCCUGAUACAAUAAAAGUACAGGAAAUCGAUCUAGGAUAUUCUAGCAUCCUCCUUAAUCAUCAACUUCCACAGAAGAAUAAUAGUAAGAAAAAGGCUAGAGUAGUUCCGGAUUAUACUAGCUAUAUACCACCAGUUGAACCGGACUUUAAACGUUUCGAUAUUCAUGUUAAUACCCUUCUUAGCUAUGCUAAAUCUCAAGCUAGGAAGGAAGAUACUAAUGCAGAAGAGGAUAAAUCAUGCAAUUGUUGUCGUGCUCUUUCUAAAUAG